GUAACUAUACCAGCGUUCACAAAAGACGGUCGUUUCAUGGGCGUAAUUGAUUUGAUAAAUCAGAAAUUUAUCGACGUUGACCAAGGUGAUCGAGCGAAAUGGACACCUGUCACCGAAACUUCUGAAAGAUUCGAUGAACUGCAAAAGGGUCGUGAAGAAAUGCUGUCGAUUGUGGCGGAUGUGGAUGAGAAAUUCGCUGAAUGUUUGUUAAUGAGCGAUCGGUCGGAGAGUAAUGAAAAAACAGUAGCGUCUUUGUUUAAUGAUGAACUGUUGAAUGCAAUUCGACGGGCGACACUUCAACGCACCAUUGUUCCUGUAGCAUGUGGAAGUGCGCUGAGGUAUGAAUUA